ACAGAUGCACAUUCACCAGUGUAUUUCGAGCCCCUGUCGGAAGACCUGACCGCGCCGAGACAGCAUACAGCUGCAUCAUCGCAUCAUGAGUCUGCGAGUCUCGCCGCCAACAUGCCUUCUGGGGAUUCGGAUGUCCUUGCCACCAUCAAUAGCGUGCAUGACUCACUUCACUCUAUCGUCGCAAACUACCGUCCUUCCGGGAGUAGAAACGAAGCGCGGCCGAUUCUGGUAUGACGACUUCUACAACGGACCUGUACGAACCAUGGAAGACAUGCUGGCAGACCUCUGCAGGGUAUUACUUGUCUUCGACAACGUGAAAGUCUUGUAUGGUAGCCGUGAAGCUGCCGAUGCAACUGCUGGCACCACACAGGGCACGCAUAGCCUGGACCUCGUGGCUCAGCACAUGGCGGCUCCGAAGCUUCGAAGGCUUCUCUGUAGAUCAUUCUUGUACCUUGUAAUGACCGUCACUCGUUGAAUUGCAAUCCACAGUAUUGUGUUUCCUACUGUACCCCGAGCCUGAUCGAUGCCCGACGCGAUGUCGUGCGGCAUCGUGAUGUUAGUGUAAUGGCAUCUUGGUAUUGUAUCUGUAUAUGGAGACUACAAGCACAUCUG